AUGGACAGGAUAGAGAGGAUUCUUUCUCGACCUGUCGCCAAACCCUACCGCUCUGGCAAGAUCGAUCCCUCGAUCCAGCCAUUUCUCAAUCAGUACGGCCAUCUUGAUUUCGCCCCCGGAGACAUCGAGAAUCCAAAAGAAUGGUCAACCAGGCGGCGAUGGUAUUGUACGAUAGUGGCCGUCGUCCUCGUCUGUAACGCCACGUUCGCGUCAUCGAGUCCGUCGGGCUGUCUUCGCAGCAUCUCUGAGCACUUCCAGGUUUCUGAAGUCGCAGCUGGUCUCGUCAUCACCCUCUUCCUGCUGGGAUAUGUGGCUGGUCCUCUUCUAUUUGCACCACUAUCCGAAUUCUACGGCCGGCGCUAUGUCUUUUACGUGACAUUUACCUGCUACAAUGCUUUCAAUUUCCUGUGUGCAUUUGCACCGAAUUUUGGAUCACUGUUGGUGGGACGGCUCCUGACCGGGACCUUCGCCAGUGCUCCGUUAACAAAUGCGCCGGGAGUUCUGGCAGACGUAUGGGGACCCAUCGAGCGCGGGAACGCCAUGGCCAUCUUUUCAAUGAUGACCUUUGUCGGCCCUGCCAUCGGGCCCGUCAUAAGCGGAUUCCUCGAGCUCAAAGAGGAUUGGAGAUGGUCAUUCUAUGUGCUCCUGUGGCUGGGAGGAGCAACGGAGCUGCUGAUGUUCACCAUCCCGGAGACACUUCCGGCAGUCGUCCUGAUCAACAAAGCUCGCCGACUGCGCGCCACAGGGGUCCCUGAGUAUCAGGAUAUCCGGGCACCUGCUGAAGCCGAAGGACGCGACCUGGGCGCCAUGUUCAAAGUCGCCCUCCUCCGACCGUGGCAAAUCCUGUUCGAUCCCAUCUCGUUUCUCGUCGCCAUCUAUCUCUCCAUCGUCUAUCUGCUGCUCUACAUGCUGUUCACCAUCUACCCGAUUGUGUUUCAGGAGAAGCGAGGCUGGAACUCCGGCGUCGGCGAGCUCCCACUGAUCGGUACCGUCAUUGGAGCAUGCAUCGGCGGGGCCGUCAUAUUCUACAAAUCACAUCGCGAAAGGAAGAAGAUGGAAGCCGGCCUCCCUCAGAAGCCCGAGGACCGAUUGCCGCUCGCCAUGUUGGGCGGCAUCUCCUUCGCCAUCACCAUGUUCUGGUUCGCCUGGACGGCCAACUUCAACAGCAUCCACUGGUUCGUGCCCACCCUGGCUGGCACGUUCCUCAGCGCAUCAAUCACGAUCAUCUUUGUGUCAUACCUCAACUACCUCACCGACACGUACUUGAUGUACACCGCCAGCGCCAUGGCCGCGAAUACGAUUUGCCGUUCGGCCUGCGGCGCAGCGGCCCCUCUAUUCACGAGCCAGAUGUUCCACGCUCUCGGCGUCGGCGGCGGCGGCUCCCUGAUCGGUGGUGUUGCCUGCCUGUUGGCCCCGAUCCCUUUCGUCUUCUACAAGUAUGGCGAGCGGAUCCGCGUGCGCAGUCGAUUCGCGCCGACCAACCAGACGCCACCGGACGAUGAGGAGCAACAGGCCGAUCCGAGCGACGCCGCGGCCGAUAAAACAGGCAGUCCGUCAAGCUCGAGCUCGAGUUCAACAGACGGCUUGGACACCGAGACUUCAUCUCGUUUGGGGCCUGAAGUGCCAGAAGUAGAGGAGAAGAAGGCGACCCCCGAUGGACCACGCCAUGAUCUGGCCGAGGCAGUCGGUGGUGAGAAGGAAUUCACCUGA